UGGAAACUGAAAAUGUAAUGCAUUCUCAGCGGCAGAUGAUGAUUUGGUGUGAAAGUGCAUUAUUAAGGCUUGGAAACAAGAAUCCUCUCUCUAAAUUAGACAUAAUUAGUAACUAAGUCUUAUUUUAAUGUCACCAAAUUAAUUUUAGAUGCAGUGUAACGUAAACUAGCUAGUUUAAAUUGAGGGGAGUCCACCGAUUGUUAGCAAGUUCACGCUAGCUAUUCUUGACUGACUUUGAUAGUUAAUGACAACAUUGCCGUCUGAAGAAGCUAUUCAAUGCGACUGCUGUGUCUACAGUAUGGUAGUGACGGAGGGUUUGACAAGUCUCAAGAUGGAUUCCCUGUAUGGCCAGGUGGCUAUUGGAAUAUUGGCAGGAGUUGGCUGUGGAUUUUGUCUUGGCUGGCAUUUCCGGGCUCGAUUCGGCAGUGCCUCCAAAGGAAUCGUCGGUGUGGCGAUGGGGAACGGGGGUGAGGCGUCCGCAAGCGUCAUGGGAGAAGGUGGGGAGUUCAAAAUGAUUCUUGUCGUCAGGUCUGACUUGAAAAUGGGUAAAGGAAAAGUGGCAGCUCAGUGCUCACAUGCGGCAGUGUCAGCCUACAAGCAAGUCCAGCGCAGGAACCCGGACAUGCUGAAGCAGUGGGAGUACUGUGGUCAGCCAAAGGUUGUAGUCAAGGCCCCGGAUGAGGACAGCCUCUUAGAACUGCUAACCCUUGCCAAAGAAGUAGGGCUGCCCAUUAGCCUGAUCCAAGAUGCAGGGAGGACCCAGAUUGCACCAGGGUCACGUACUGUGCUUGGGAUAGGCCCUGGACCAGCUGAUCUUGUGGACCAAGUAACUGGACAUUUGAAGCUGUAUUAGACAUUACGGUAGUUAGGACUUGUAUUGCGUUAUCUAAUAGUGGCAAUUGGAGAUACGGUAACCUUGUCUACUUCAAUGCUGUUUAUUUUUUUUAAAUAUGAGUUGUCAUUUCAGAUAACUUUUUUUUCCCCAUUAAAAGGUCCAGACAUGA